GCUAGAUUCGGUGCGAAUGGCAGCAAGAAGAAGAGCGGACGGGUUAUGUCGACUGUGCAAUCUACAGGUCGGAUUUGAUAGAACGAUACCGCUUGAAACUGAUAAGCCUGGCGGCGGGAAGCGCAAUGGCUGAAAAGCUGAGAAUGGCGGCAAGGGUCUUUGUGUAUGGCACGCUGAAGCGCGGUGAGCCCAAUCACCACUGGCUGACGAAAAAGGAGAACGGCCAAGCCCGAUUUCUUGGCAGGGGGAAAACGGAAACGAAGUUUCCCCUGGUUGUGGGAACCCGCUACAACAUUCCAUUUCUGCUCGCCCGGCCGGGUGAGGGGAACCACAUAGAAGGCGAAGUCUACGAAGUGGACGAGACCAUGCUCUCCAAGCUGGACAUACUAGAAGACUACCCGGACUACUAUGAUCGCGAGCAACAAACCAUAUUAAUGGAGCAGAAUGAAACCAUUCAGUGCUGGCUGUACCUGAUUCGCAACUUCCCGGACAAGAUGCUGGCUAAGGAGCUGCUGAUCUCGUACCACAACACCCCGGAGAGGCCGUACAAUGAAAACUACUUGGACAGCUGCCCGGAGGACCUCGCCAUGGAUGAGUGAGACACGAAAACUUAUAAAAAAGUAACGUUUAUAAACGGAUUUCAACGCAUGGGUAUUAUUCGUAUUGUAUUACAUUAAUCCAUUUUUCAAAAUGCAAAACGAAAUGAACAAUA